CAGAGCGCACUGCUCCACCGACAUCGACAGUCUUGGUGAUCAUCUGCAAAGGAAGGAGUUCGCUCCGCAACGAGUUCGUUGUUGUUGCAGGGCGGCGCACUUCCCGAAUUGAACUGCAACUUGAAGAGAGCGUCCAGGCCACUGCCAUGUCGUCCAGGCAGCUUGCGGAGAGACGCGUCGAAUCGACGAAGACUGAACUGGAGGCAGCGCGCAUCAAGCAGCAGGAAGCCCAGGUGGUUUUGCAGGCGGCCAAGAAGUGCAUCAAGCUCGCCGAGAUGAACGCGGAGCACGCCAAGAAGUGCCUCGAGCUGGAGGAGCUGCGAGACGCCCACGCUUCCUGCGAGGACUCAGCCGACGCCGGUCCAUCGGCCAAGAAGCCGUGCAGGUCCGCUUCGGAAGCACCUGCAGCCCCGGCUGAGCAGCAGGGCCUCGGCAAGGUGGAGCAGGCCCAGCAAGACCUAGAGGCCGCGCAGAGCCGACUGCAGCACUUGGUGGAGCAGGUCGCGGUGCAGCGGAGGCUGCAUCAGGAGACGGCGCGCCAGCUGGCAGACCUGAGGAGUGCCCACCGCGACUGCAAGGUGGCUGCGGGCAGCGAGUUGACGGAGCUGAAGUUGCUGCACUGCACGUCCCAGACGAUCGUCCAGAAGGCCAAGCGGAAGGCGUUCUUGUACACCCUCACCACGGCGCCCUCCAUCAAGUCGCUCUCACUGGACCUGACGGGAAACCGACCCAAGCCGCUGCCCAAGUCGGUGCUGGAGACGCUGCCCAGGGCGCCGGCCAGGAUCAAGCAGCUCUCGUUGACCUUCGGCCGGGACAGCGAGGAGGCCGUGCUGGCGCUGCUGCAGCGCUGCAAGGACCACCUGGAGGAGCUGUACCUGAACAGUAGCUUCUGGACGGACGAUCAAGUUAGGCGCCUCUGGGGCAUCGUCGAGGACUCGAACAUCUCAGUCUUGAGUCUGGGAGCGGCUGCCUACCUACGGGAUGUGGCCUUCCCCUUCCAGUCGGAAAAGUGGCGCCACCUGCACACUCUGAAACUCAAAGGCUCUGACGUGUUUUUUAUGGGAAAAACAAAGGCAAGAAGUCCGUGCUGGUGCCGCUGAUCCGGUUCCUAGCUAGUGCAGCCAGUCUGCGCACUUUCGAACUUCCCACCGCAAUAACCCGGGAGGACCGGGAGGCCACCUUCGCCGCAGUGUCUCAGUACAGUGAGCUGGAGGAGCUAAACGUGCCCUGCUACAGAGAGCUAGCCCAGCUGCGAGGCUGCACCAAGCUCAAGAAACUCACGUUGAACCGCAUCUA